CGACGUAUGUAACUAUUGUGUGUACUGUGUAGGUUACGUUACUCCACUCUACUCGUACUAACUGCUACUAACCACUAACCACUAACCUCUACCCCUACCCUUACCCUCUCCCCCGUCCUCUCCCAUCUUUAUCUCCAUCUCUAUCCUCCCCCUCCAUAUCCAACAUUCUUGCUUGCAAGCCUCUGGUUUCUGCCCGUCUGUCUGUUGAUCUUGUCCAUCUCUCUGCUUAGCAACUUUUCAGCACUCCCCGCCAACCCCUCCCCUCUCUCUUCUGCUUCCAUUGCAUUUCAUCGUCUUUCACCCUCGUUGGCUUCCCUCUCUCAAUUGCGUCGUCCCUUUGAUCGCAUGAGCUAAUUACCCAAACUUACCGCAUCUUCUCCCUACUAUCAACUGCACCUCGCGACCACUCGCUCCCUCACACGCUCACUACCUUCCAAACCCCUCCAGUUUCUUCUAAUACCCAACAAUCAUGAACGUCAACAAGAAGCUCGGCCGCUUCAAGCAAUGGGCCGGCGAGAAGAUGGGAGGAGAGGUCAAGACGGGCCUCUCCGAGGAAUUCAAGUCCUUGGAAAUGGAGAUGAACCUUCGUCAUGACGGUCUCGACAAAAUGCAGAGGUCCAUGACCGUCUACGUAAAGUCUCUUUCCAAGCGAGCAGAAGGAGACGACCGCGAGAAGACGCUUCCAGGUGGCUACCUUGGUUCUGCCAUGGUCACACACAGCGAGGACUUCGAGCCAGAAUCCGAAUUUGGCAAUUGCCUCUCCAAUCUUGGUCGAGCGAACGAGCGUCUGGCACGCGUUCAGGAGACCUAUGUUAACGAUGCUACCUCCUCCUGGCUCGAGGGCCUGGAGCGUUCUCUUGCCCAGCUCAAAGAAUAUCAGGCUUCUCGCAGGAAACUCGACCAGCGCCGAUUAGCCUACGAUACCUCCUUGGCCAAGAUGGAGAAGGCCAAGAAGGAGGAUUUCCGAGUGGAGGAGGAGUUGAGGGCACAAAAGGCCAAAUACGAAGAGUCUAGCGAGGACGUCUACCGCAGGAUGCAGGAUAUCAAGGAAGCUGAAGUGGACCUUGUACAGGAUCUCACCAAUUUCCUGGAAGCAGAAUUGUCAUACCACGACCGAUGCAGGGAGAUUCUGCUCAACGUAAAGCGGGACUGGCCCGUACAAGAUACCCGCCGAGCCGGCCGUUCUCGCUCCAACACAGGGCAUGCGGCGCACGCCUACAACGAGCGCUUUAAUCCUCCCGAAGAGGAACCAGUCCCCGAGCCGCCCCGUGCCACAAUCCCACGCCUCAAUCGCAAUAUCUCGCCAGCCCAUGAAGCACCUUCCCCAGGCGGGCAUCCCGCCCGACCAGCGUAUAACCGUACCUCCACCCACGAUGGCACCUCUCGCAUCAAUCGCGAUAUGUCCCCAGCUCCACGAUUGAGUCGCGUACCGACCGAGCCGACCGCAGUGCUGGCUAGUCGUGCCGGUCUCCGCCCCGUGCGACAGGCGAACACCUUUUCCGACGAAUACGCGGAAGAUUACGCGGGUACGAACGGUCACAGGCGCGACAGAUCACCCCCUAGUCCGGGAGGCAGCCAGCGGAAAGAAAGCGCCUCCACCACCUCCACCCUCGCGCGCGAAGAAGCCUCCACCACCACCACCGCCUAUGAAGAGGAGUGCGUUGAGUACCUCUGA